GCCGAGCCGUGCGCAGUGCUGCGGCCGCCACGAGGGGCGGCUCCUCCGCGCGGCGCCGCGGACUAUCCGCGCCGAGCCAGAUCAGCACGUGCUCUCAGGACCAGAUGAGCAAAGAGAGAUUUCUCUGAAGAUUAGUCCCGUGCAGCCCUACCCCUGGAAGUGGUCCAGCAGCUGUGUGUCUCCAGCUGUCAUUGCUACGGAUCUAGAAAAGAAAGGAGAAGAAAAAUGUCCCAUGCUUUAAAGCAAGUGUUCAAUAAAGACAAAACUUUCCGGCCCAAGCGCAAGUUUGAGCCGGGGACUCAGCGGUUUGAGCUGCACAAGAAGGCUCAGGCCUCUCUCAAUGCUGGCCUGGACUUGAAAGUUGCCGUCCAGCUGCCACCAGGGGAGGAGCAGAACGACUGGGUGGCAGUGCACGUGGUGGACUUCUUCAACCGCAUCAACCUGAUAUACGGCACCAUCAGUGACUAUUGCACAGAGCAGUCCUGCCCCGUCAUGUCAGGGGGUCCCAAGUACGAGUACAGAUGGCAGGAUGAACACAAAUACCGGAAACCCACGGCCCUGUCUGCUCCCCAGUACAUGAACCUCCUGAUGGACUGGAUUGAGGUACAGAUCAACAACGAGGACAUCUUCCCCACGAAUGUUGCUCCCGUGUUCUGGAAAGCAAGAGAUGAGAUGCAGCAGAGGUGUAUGAAGUGGUGGAAGGGCCAUUCCUACCUUGAAGCUAGUCCUGGUUAGAGGUGACAUCACUCUCGCCUGCUUUGCAACCACCCUGCUUUCACACCAAGAAGCAGCUGGACCUGCUGCUCAGGCAGGGUCAGCUCCUUGCACUUCCCAAGCAGCCCUAGGCAGUUAGUAGGGCACCUCAGUUCAGCACUUGGACAGUUUGGGCCACGUUGGAGCGAGGGGAGUGGAAGAGGGUUAGCAACGGCCAGACGAAGCCUGCGUGUUCUUUGCUUGUUCGCGUGCCUGCUUUUACAAUGCGGCCUGGCUGCCACCAUCAGGGCAGGUAAGUCUUCUGCCAAAGGAAGUAGCCCCAAGUUGGAGAUGAUAUUUAGUAGCUCCCUCCUUUCUGCCACAGCGUUCAUCCCCUCGGAGCUCUGAUGGGGUGCGAUCGAUCUCCAUUUAGGAAGCAUUUGCCUCCCCAGCUGCACGAGCAGCCGUAGGGCCCGUCUUACCCACGCCAGAACGGUGCUUGAACCUGGUGCAACAGGAGGAGUAGGGCCAAAAACAGCCAGUUCUUCAGGCAAUUAAAACACUAAAAUCUUCCUCAUCUGUUCCUCCUGUUACCCAAACAAAUGCUCUGUUGUUUUAUUUAGGCUUUUCUGUUAGACUCUCUGGGGACUAAGCAGGGUAUUUGUUUUGUGCAGAGAGGUGAGACAAGUUUCUGGAUGCAGGUGAGUUGUUUUUAGCUUUGCUUUCACAAGAUUGCCCAGCUUAACACAGACAGUGAAAUGUUUGAAUUCUUGCAGAGCGCUUAAAAGGUUUAACUAAUCCUUGUUCCUCCAGAGAUGACCCGUGUGAACUUUAAACUGUAAUAUUCUGCUAAGACAGCUAGUUGGUCAGGGACUGCUCUGCUGCAGGGCCCCUAACUAAACAAAUCCUAAACAAUUUGGACCAAGCUCAGAGCUUCGUACAAAGUGAUGCCUUUAAAUGGGACCUUAAUGUCUUAAAUUUCUAACCAAAGAGCUAAAGGCAUUUCAAAAUACAUGAUAUAACUCUAGGGAGUUAACGGCACUGACUUUCUUUUGGGAAACUGGAGUGGAAUUUGGUAGUUUUCUAAUAUUUUUCACUGUUUAUAUAAACAUGCCAGAUAGGAGCAGGAGAAAACUCUAUCAGACUGAAACGGCUGCUGGAAAUCUCUGCUGAUGCUGACCUUGUUUGCUUUCCACUCAGUAGCUUGCAGCAAUUGAUGGUGCACAGGACUCUAAUGUAAGAAAUCAUUGCUUUGAAAAAUUCAUCCCAAAAGCCGAAAGAAAAAGGAAGGGGGAACGGUACCCUGGGCAAACUCUUUUCCCCUCUUGUCUGAAAAUCCACGUUUUACCAAGAGUUAUUAUGAUUAUUAUUUUGUCCCAAGGCAUCCGUUUUAACUUCAGUGAAGUUUCUGAUUGUCAGAUCUUCCC